AUGGAAUUUCAACAGACCUCUGACUCUGCUAAGAGAUCAAAACAUUUUCCUCUGACCGCUUUUAGAAUUAUAAGGGGUGUUAUAUGUUUAUCGGUUUUUCUUUCAACUGCACUCUUUUUCUUGAUCUAUUUCGUCCCCGUGGCAGCUGUACUCUUGCGUUUCUUCAGCACCCUUUAUAGUAGGAAAGUUGUUGCGCUUCUGUUUGGUCUUUGGCUCGGAUUGUGGCCAUUCUUAUUUGAAAAAGUAAAUGAAACAAAUGUGAUUUUUUCUGGAGAUCACGCUCCGCCAAGAGAACGUGUUCUGCUGAUUGCCAACCACAGAACAGAGGUCGAUUGGAUGUACGUGUGGAAUCUUGCAUUGAGGAAAGGGUGCUUGGGCCACAUCAAAUAUCUACUUAAGAAAAGUUUGAUGAAAUUGCCAGUCUUUGGCUGGGGAUUCUAUGUGUUAGAAUUCAUCCCACUGGAGAGAGACUGGGUAGUCGAUGAACAGGUGAUAAAACAGACGCUUUCAACUUUUACCGAUCCUCAGGAUCCAUUGUGGCUAACUGUUUUCCCUGAAGGAACAGAUUACAGUGAGGAGAAGUGCAAAAGAAGCCAAGAGUUUGCCAGCCAAAAUGGAUUACCUGUUCUAAAGAAUUUGCUGCUACCUAAGACAAAAGGCUUUUAUGCCUGCUUGGAAAUAUUAAGGAGCUCUUUGGAUGCAGUUUAUGAUGUAACCAUUUCAUAUAAAAAUCAAUGCCCAACAUUUUUGGACAAUGCUUUUGGUGUUGAUCCUUCUGAAGUACACAUUCAUGUUCGACGCAUUCCUCUUGAGAAAAUCCCAGCUUCCGAAAAAGAGGCUUCUAAAUGGCUUAUGGACACAUUUCAGUUCAAAGAUCAAUUACUCUCUGACUUCAUUGGUAAUGGUCAUUUCCCAAAUGAAGGAACAGAACAAGAACUAUCGACAGCAAAAUGCUUGGCUAAUUUAGUAAUAGUAAUGGCUGUUACUGGUAUUUUUAUGUUUUUUGCGUUUAAUUCAUCUAAAUGGGGAAAAAUUUAUGUAGGUUUCUCUUGUAUAUACAUUGCUUCUGCCGCUUACUUUAAUUUUCGACCAUAUCCAAUUUUUGGUUCUGUAAAUGAAAAACUGAAUAAAAUUCUCAGAAUGAAAAGUCAGUAGAAAGGUACCUCUGUA